AUCUUCUUGCGAUGGUAUGCGUGUGCAAAGAUUUCAAAAAUAUUUAGACAAAGUAUCAAUCCAUUAGCAGAAGAAAUUUGGAGAAAUUCUAGAAUUAGGUUUACAAUUUUUCGAGAUAAGGAUACGAGGCUAUUAACAUUUGAGAAGGGUUGUCAAUUUGUAAACUUUAUUGAGACCAUUGACAAUCUAUUCCCAAGUUUCCCAAGAGUUUUUAGAUCAACUUUUAUGUCCGAUAAUGAAUUUCUUGGACUUAUUUUACCAGUAACACCAAGCAUAGGUUUAUCAGAACCUCCACAUUAUUGGAUCGAUCAUGUUAAGGAUGCUAUCAUGUUUUUUUAUGAUAAUAUGCGACCCGCGUUAAAUGGCUUAAGAGAAGAUGUUGGAACGAAAUGUAAAGAAGAUCAAAAUUAUGAAAAAUGGAUGUUUAAUUUACGUCAAAUCUACCUUUUAGGACAUUUUUCAAGAAUUCACGCUGAAAUUAAUGAUGAAACUUUAUUCAAAAUGCAAGAUUAUGAAUGCUGA